AUGCGGACUCUAGCUAUCCUUACUGCCCUCAUUGGCGCAGUAUCAGCAGCCCCUUCUCUUAUUCCAAGAGUUUCAUCACCCUUCUCCAUUGCCAAGCCUGGAGGUAUCGACGAUAUCAUUAUCACGGCCAACAACACUCUCAACGGAACGUACCAUAGUCCAACUACGACAGUGUCCAAAAAAGCCGCCAUCCAAGCUCGGACCGCUCAGCCCGGGCAUUUGCCAAUCCAGAUUGUCAAUAAUUUCUCUGGUGGCCAGGUUAAUGCUUACAUUUCCGGCCUGGACACUGACAACAGAGUCGUCUUCGUCAGGGGCGAUGGCAGUCUCGUUUAUCCUAGCUCUGGAGGUUCCAGUGUCCCUGUUCCGAUCAGCAGCGCCAUCAACAUUCCACUACCUGCCAAGGGCAACUCCAUCACAGUGACAUUGCCUAUUGUUCUCUCUUCUGCACGCAUCUACUUUUCAGAGGGCAAUCUCCAGUUCUUCAUGGUCAAGAUUCCCAACGGCGACGGCCUGGUGCAACCAUCCCCAACCAACUUGCAAGACCCAAGCGCAGGCAUCAACUGGGGCUUUGUUGAGCUUACGUAUACCACUGGCUUGGCUCUAUAUGCAAACAUCAGCUACGUCGAUUUUGUCGGCAUGAUCCUUAGCAUGAGCUUGAGCGUCACAGACGGAAGCGGUACCCAGAUUACAAGAGGUCUUGGAGCCAGCGCAGUCAGCCAAGUCUGCCAGGGUCUGGUUCAACAGGGUUCCCAAGACGGCUACCCAUGGUCUUCAAUGUGUGUUGCCAAUUCUGCUGGAACUCCCAUCCGUGCUCUUUCUCCGGGUGACUACAGUGCCAUCAAUUCGGCUGCUUUCCAGAAUUACUGGAGUGCUUAUGUGGACCAAGUCUGGAGCCACUAUACAAGCACUCCUCUCACUAUCAACACACAAACUUCUGCCGGCAAUGUCAACUGCCAGGUCUCUGGCAGCACGCUUAACUGCCAGGGCGACAACCGUGGUUACGCUAAGCCGACUGCAGGGGAUAUCUGGGGCUGCAACAGCGGACCAUUUGCGAUUCAGGCCGGCGACAACAGCAUCCAUUCGGCUGUUGUUCCCCGUCUGUGUGCUGCCUUUGUUCGAUCCACUUUGCUGAUUGCUGGUGGCAACGUUCAGCCGGGUGUGAGCCAGUCUCAAUACUACACGGUCAACCCUACCAACCACUACAGCCGUCUUGUUCACCAGUUUGAAGUCGACGGUCGAGGCUAUGCUUUCCCAUAUGAUGAUGUCAACCCAGAUGGUAGUGAGAAUGCUUCGGGAACGUUGGCUUCAGGGGCUCCUAAUGUUUUGACAGUCUACGUCGGUGCACCUCCUUCAUAA